CGCGGCCCGGCGGAAGGACACGCGCUCCGGUCCCCGGAGGUUGCCUUGGCCCCUAGGCGUCGACCCCACGGUUCCUGCGCCUCCGGGAGCCUCCUCCCCACCCUCCUGGCAUGGAGUCCGCGGGGAGCGCUCGGGACCGGGUCCCCAGGAUUGAUCCGUACGGGUUUGAAAGGCCCGAAGACUUCGAUUAUGCAGCUUAUGAAGAGUUUUUUUCUACCUACUUGGUGAUACUCACUAGAAGAGCCAUAAAAUGGUCUAAACUUCUGAAGGGGAGUAGUCGUGUCCAGAGGAGUGGGACAGUGAAGCGCUAUAUCCGGAAGGGCGUCCCCCUCGAGCACCGGGCCUGCGUCUGGAUGGGGGUGAGUGGAGCCCAGGCCCAGAUGGACCGGAACCCCGGCUACUACCACCGACUCCUCCAGGGAGAGCGGAACGACAGGCUGGCGGAGGCCAUCAGGACAGAUAUGAACAGGACUUUCCCGGACAACAUUAAAUUCCGGAAGAGUGCCGAUCCCUGCUUACAAAAGACACUGUAUAACGUGCUCCUGGCCUAUGGGCGCCACAACCAAGGUGUGGGCUAUUGCCAGGGAAUGAACUUCAUAGCGGGAUAUCUGAUCCUCGUAACGAAGAGUGAGGAAGAGUCCUUCUGGCUGUUAGAUGCUCUCGUGGGAAGAAUACUGCCGGAUUACUACAGUCCCGCCAUGCUGGGCCUGAAGACAGACCAGGAGGUCCUGGGGGAGCUGGUGAGGACCAAGCUGCCGGCGGUGGCGGCCCUGAUGGAUGGGCACGGCGUCCUGUGGACCCUGGUUGUGUCGCGCUGGUUCAUCUGCCUGUUUGUGGACAUCCUGCCCGUGGAGACGGUGCUCCGAAUCUGGGACUGUUUAUUCAACGAAGGAUCCAAGAUUAUCUUCCGGGUGGCCCUGACCCUGAUUAAGCAGCACCAGGCCUUUAUUUUGGAGGCGACCAGUGUGGCAGACAUCUGUGAGAGGUUCAAGGAGAUCACCAGGGGGAGCUUUGUGACCGAGUGCCACACCUUCAUGCAGAAAAUAUUCACCGAGCCUGGGAGCUUGUCCAUGGCCACCAUCAUCAGGCUGCGCGAGAGCUGCAGGGCCAGGCUGCAGGCGCAGAGCUGACCAGGGCUCCUGUUCGCCGGGGCCGCAAGGCUUCAUUUCCAGGGCUGACCAGUUUUUACUGCUUCCCUUCUUAGUGCUGUGAAUACUGUCUCUACACUCGCGAAUUUUUUAAAAGAAUGAUUUAGAAUUCUGUCAUUCUGUAACUCAGUAUGGGCUAUGAAGUCAUAAAUUUCUAAAAAUGUGUUUUUACUUGAGAUGUUCACCCAUAAAAUGUGAGAUGUACGUAUUUGUAAUAAAGUAUGUCAACACUA